CUUUCUCUCUCUCAAUAUAUAUGUAUAUAACUCAGUUUUAAGCCUACAGGCAAAGUUGAAUUAGUCUUCUUUGAUAUUAUUAUUAUGGCAGCAGCAGCAGCUUCUUUCUUCAAAUGCAUGUUACUUGUGUUACCUUUGUGUUUAUUACUUCCUUGUGGGAAUUCGGAUUUUUUUGGUGAGACGACUGCGUAUUUGAAUGUUCCGGCGGCGAAAUUCGAGAGGGCAGUGGAGUCCACUGCGGCCCAACUCCGGCAGGUUAUUUCCACCAUUUCCAAAUUUUCCGCCGAAACUUCCGGCGGCGAUCUCCGCCUGAGCAACGCACUUUCCAACUGCUACGAUCUCUUGGAUUUCUCCCUCGACCUGUUGAACUCCACUACCCAGCUCGUCACUUCUCGUAAUCCAAGCCGUAAAUAUUCUACAUUAAAAUCUUAAUUAGUUAUUUCAAUUCUUGAUUGACAGUCUCUCAUAAUUAAUUUAAUGAGGCUAUAAAUACCCACACACUGACACACACAUGCAGGCAAAGAUCGAAGCAGCAACGAAAAAUACGGGAGUUUCGAAAUGAUGAAGAACGUAAAGUGUCCACUAACAGUGAACCCUGAAACUUGCAAAGAAGGGUUUGAUGCUAUACCAGACAACAACCCUGUCAAGAAUUCGAUUUUCAGCCAGCUGGACAGUGUUGCCACGUCAGCACAAAAACUCAGUGCAAUGGUAAACCCUAACUAUCUCACCACCACCCAAUCCAAAAUCCGCCGCGGUCGAAAACUCAUCGGAGAUCACGAUCACGCGCAAUUUCCGGAUUGGGUGAAACCCCACGACCGGAAACUCAUCCUCGAGGGGGCGGCCGCCAGUAUCACCGGUGUGGAUGCGGUGGUUGCCGCCGAUGGCACGGGGGAUUUCACCACCAUUAUGGCGGCUAUUGAGAAGGCGCCGAAGAAUAGCACCAGAAGAUAUGUUAUUCAUGUUAAGAAAGGAGUGUAUAGGGAGUAUGUGGAUAUCAGUAAGCACAAAUGGAAUAUUAUGAUGUUCGGCGAUGGCAUCGAUGCUACGAUUAUUUCCGGUAAUCGCAGCAAGACCGAUGAAUUGUCCACUUACAGAAGUGCAACAUUUGGUGUGAAAGGGAGAGGAUUCGUAGCCAUGGAUAUGACGUUCGAGAACACGGCGGGGCCAGAAAUGCACCAAGCGGUGGCGUUCAGAUCCGAUUCCGACCAAUCGGUGGUGUACAGGUGCGCAAUCAGGGGGUAUCAGGACGCGCUCUACUCCCACUGCCACCGCCAGUUCUACAAGGAAUGCAAAAUCUCCGGCACGGUGGACUUCAUCUUCGGCCACGGCACCGCCGUCUUCCAGGACUGCCAGAUCACCGCCCGAAAAGCUCUCCCCGGCCAGAAGAACACCAUCGCCGCCCAGAACCGGGACGAUCUCCUCGAACCGUCGGGCUUCUCGUUCCAGUUCUGCCGCAUCUCCGCCGAGCCCGGCGCGGGGGGCUCGACUCCGACCUACCUCGGCCGGCCGUGGAAAAUUUACUCGACGACGGUGGUUAUGCAGUCGUACAUCAGCGGCGAUAUCAGGCCGGAGGGGUGGCUCGAAUGGAAUGGGGAUUUGUUUCUGGAUACUUUGUUCUACGGCGAGUAUGGUAAUUACGGGCCCGGAGCUAAUUUAUCGGGUCGGGUUAAGUGGCCGGGUUACCACGUGCUUAAUGAGUCACAAGCGAGUCAGUUUACUGUGACUCGGUUCAUUAAUGGGGAUGGGUGGUUGCCUUCGACCGGGGUCAAUUACACUUCUGGCCUGACAUAUUAAUUAAUUAUUUAAUAAUUUAAUAUUGAUGAAUUUUGUAUGGGAUUUUAUUUUAUGGGGAAUGUGUAAUUUUUUUAAUAUUUAAUCAUUAUUAUUGAUAGUAAUUAAAUAAAAAGAGCAUACAAUUAUUUAAUUAAAGGGAACUUCUAAUUAAAGGUUGAGUUAAAGUAUACACACAAAAUAUAUUUGUAUGUAUUUAUUAUAUAAUAUGGUAAUUAAAGUAAUGAAUAGAGAGUGCUUAGUGAAGAAGGAAUUAGCUAGGGACCCCAAAGAAAUUCUGAAACCU